UUGUGUGUAUGCAGGAUGUCUUUUGUGUUGUCUUACUGUGACCACGGUGUUGCUUGGAAGUCCAUAUUCAUGGUUCUGAGUAGGCGCAUUUUACCAGCGAAAUAAUAUUCAGAGGGAUAAUAAGAUUUCCAGACAUAUAGUCUCCUGCAAAAAAAGUCAGCUUUACACGGCUUCAAGCUACACCGCAGAUCAGGAUGUUCUCUAGUCUGGCUUGCUGUGCCUCAAGAGCAGCUCUGCAUGUGCUGAAAUCAGCUACUCGUCCCUCCAAACCAGCAAAAAUCCCUCGUUUUUGGCAUCAGACACUGGCAGCGGCCCGUCUACCCACUGUUGGAGGGAGCGCGGUGGCGAGACAAGCUCAAGUACUGGACCACAAGAGGUUGCUCCAGGUGGAGUGGGAUGAUGGAAGCUAUAGUUUUUAUCCGUUUACCUGGCUUCGGGAUAACUGCCAGUGUCCUCUGUGCAUGCUGCAGUCAGCACAAGCACGGAGACUGCUCCUGACCGACCUUGAUGUACACACAGGAAUGGACCAAGUGCAAAUAUCGGAGAAUAACAAGGUCUCCAUCACAUGGCCAGAUCAACAUAGCAGUGAAUUUGAGCCUGAGUGGUUAAAGAAACGAUGCUUCUCACCUGAGGCAAGACAAGCACGACAGGAAGAACUUUUUCUAAAUGAGCGUGAAUUCUGGGAUUCUGGUUGGCAGAUCCCCAUGGCAGAUUUUGAGGAGGUUUUACAUGAUGACAAGGCUGCUCUGGUAUGGCUUCUGGCCCUCAGGCGUGUCGGGAUCGUGUACCUGAAGGGGGCGCCAGCAGAACAGGGCCAGGUGGCUAAACUCAGUCAGAGAAUCGGAUACCUCAGACUUACAUUCUAUGGACACACAUGGCAAGUGCAAGACAAGCCCAUGGCCAACAAUGUAGCAUAUACCUCAGGCAAGCUGAGUCUGCACACGGACUAUCCUGCUCUGCACAAUCCUCCUGGGGUGCAGUUUCUACACUGUCUUCAGCAGGCCGUACAGGGAGGCGAGAGCGAAGUGGUGGACGGCUUCCAUAUGGCCGAACUGCUCAGGAGAGAGGACCCAGAGGCGUUUAACAUACUCUCAUCCCUCUACGUCGACUACACAGACAGCGGCUCUGAUUACUGCGACUUCAACGUGCAGUCCAAGAACCGCAUUAUAGAUGUGGACAGUGAAGGCCGUGUGGUGAGGAUCAACUACAACAAUGCAACAAGAGACUCUGUCCUGGAUCUACCUCUGGAUCAGGUGCAGCCAUUCUACUCCGCCCUGAAGAGCUUUGUGGAGCUGAUGAACCGGCCCGAGAACAUGGUGACCUACAGGAUGGAGCCAGGUGACCUGGUAACGUUCGAUAACUGGCGUCUGCUACACGGCCGGAGGCAUUACUCCUCUGGCACCAGGACCCUGAGACACCUAGAAGGAGCGUACCUGGACUGGGAUGAAGUCAUGUCCCGUCUGCGCAUCCUUCGUAAAGCCGUCCACGGGGAGAGAUAGGAAUUCUGUUUACUUCAUCUGAAACACAAGUACUGUCAGUAGGAGUCUAAGAUUGACGCUAAACUGUUGUACGCUGCUUAGCGAACCCUAUCGUGUAAUUCGGUGGAUAUGUUUUCUUUUUUGUUUUGUUUUUCUUUAGCUAGGUACUUGAAGGUAAAAAAAAAAUAAAAUUCUUUGACGCUUUUUUAACUCUGUCUGAAAGGAUGGUACACCAGAAUGGUAAAAACAUUUUGUAAUUGAUUGCAAUUGCUCUUUUAAACCAUAAAUAUUCUAAGCGAUUAGACAGCACAGUGUGUUGUGAACGAAAUGCUCUCACAUUGCUGGCAAAUCGUAUUUAAAAGAAACUGAACGUUCAAAAAACGUCAUUAUAUGGAACUUGCCAAAACGUCUUGAAUUCACGAAGGACAUCAUUAGUCCUGAACUUCAAUGUUAAUAAGUUGCCAAAUUAGUAUUUAUUAAUUCUGUGGUCUAAUGUCACUAAGCAUUUUUUUUCUUUAACUUAAUGCUAUACAACUCAUCCUCUAAACAACAGCUCAUCAUGACAAAAAGACCCCCCUCAGAACGAUCCGUAUCCUGCCUAACUGUGGGUCAGCCAGGGAACGUAGCAGUAAUUCUCAUGGUGACUUUACAGAUACGAUUAGUAAAAUACUACGUAAACUAUUUGGAAAUGCACAUUCUAUACCGUCUCGCUCAUAUAAUGAAAGCAAGCAGGACACAGCACAUAAUAUAGAAGCACUGCACACACCGAAACUCCUACUCAGUAAAAAUAAAGAGGAGCACAUUUUCAUUACUUUUUAGUGUAAAUGAAGGAUAUUGUGCAGAAGUGCAAACAAAAUCGAAAGAAAAUUCUCCCAGCAUGGUGUUCGUAAUCUUUGGUCACUAAGAAAAAAAUGAAGGAACAUGCCAUGAGAAAAUGUAAUUAUGUACUGAGGGUGCAGAAAUUAAAGCCAUAACUUAAAUUCAAACCAUAAAUCUGCUUGAGAACGUUUAUAACCAUUGGAAAAAGCUUGGAAGACGUUAUGCUAUUGCUUAUUAUUGAGGAUUGUGUCAGUAGAGAAGCAAUUCCAGCCCCAGACAGUAAAUAUAUCUGUGGGACUGUUUUAUCAGUUGAUGGUUUGCACAAAGGCGCCGUGGGUCGCCUGUACCUGGGACGCCCCAGUAACUAAAUUCAGCAGGGUACAGCAUCGUUCACGUGGAGGAAAUCGCAGAGUCGUGUCAAAUCGUCCCAAGGAGAAGCAUUUCAUGUAAAUAUUUUUUUUCCAUAACUAUUAUUCUAAAACCUGCACCUGCAAUGCAUAAACAGUCCCUCGCUGCUGUUCUAUUUAUAUUUUAUUUAUGUUUCAUGGCGUGCGUGUUCUCAGCAGCUCCGCGAUGGCGCCUGUUAAGAUGGUUAGACAAACAGCACAGAAUGUUGAAACAUCUUCCAUUUUUAGGGUACAUUAUUAAAGUAUGUAUGUAACCUCAUGGAAUUUUUUUUCCUCAUUGUCAUAACCUUUGUCACCUCAGUGUCUUAACUGUGUGUUUUGCUGUAUACAGAUAAAGCUCACUCACUCUCUAUCCAGAUAUAACUAUUUUCAGGGUGGCAUCAGUGAUGCUAGUAAUGUACUUUUAUUCUCAUAUUAAUAAAGCUUCUCAGAAGGA